GAUUGGGACAGAGGUGGAAACACCAAACUGAACAGUUUGACUCCAUUGUACUCACUUUCAAAAAAGUAUAUUGAGGCCAAUCCCGGUGCUGUCUGCUUGAUACAAGUCGGAAGUUUCUACGAAUUGUAUUUUGAACAAGCGGAGACUUAUGGAUCCAAACUAGGCUUGAAGGUAGCCACAAGAAAAACGUCAAAUCAUAAUGUUCCUAUGGCAGGAUUCCCGGUGAUCCAGCUUCAAAAGUACGUGAAAAUCCUUGUACAAGACUUGCAAGUUAAUGUGGCCAUUAUAGACCAAUUUCCUGGAGAAGAGACGAUAGGAGAUAAAAUGAUACAUAGGAAAGUAUCUAGAAUCGUCACACCCGGAACCUUGGUAGACGAAACCUUCAUGAAUUACAACGAAAACAACUAUCUUUUGGCGAUUUCUUUCCCAACUGGGUGCAACAAACAGCCCCACGAUCCCGACAUGCCAGUGGGGAUAUCGUGGAUAGACUUGUCAGUAGGUGACUUUUACGUUCAACAGACCUCACUUUCGGAGUUGAUCUCAGACAUCUCAAGAGUCAAUCCCAGUGAAAUCAUAAUAUCUAAAGAAUUCAUUAAUGAAGACCUACCCGCUUGGUACUCAGGAUUGCACGACUUAAGAAAGUAUUUUAUACGGUAUCACAAAACUGCUUAUAAUGAUCUUAAGCUCCUGUUUAAAUCGAACUUGAAUGGCAUAAGAAAACUUAUUGAGACAUUCUCGGUUAGGGAGGAGGCAGCCAUGAAUAUGGUUCUUUCGUAUAUAAAUGUGAACUUGCCCGAAAGAAACCCUUCUUUGGACUUGCCUAUGAAAUACUGGAACGAGAAGUAUUUACAAAUGGACUCUAGAACCAGAGAUGCUUUGGAGUUGAUUGAACGUAAUAGUGGGACCAGUGGUAAAUCUUUGACUGUGGGAUCAUUACUAAACACCAUCAAGAAAACUGUCACACCCUCUGGGACCAGGCUAUUAACCGAAUGGAUUAAGUCUCCCAUACUAGAUAUCGAUGAAAUCAAGCAUAGACAAGAGUUUGUCAAGUUUUUCCUCAACAAUCAGUAUCAAGCCACGAUCAUCGAGAAGCUAUUGAACUCCAUUGAUGAUUUUGUUCGGAGUGCUCAGAGAUUGACUUUGGGAACAGGUGAUACAAUCGGCAACUUAAAGUCUAUAUCUCUGGGGUUGCAAACUUCGGAUGAGUUGAAACAGUUUUUGACGUCUAAUCGUCCAAGUGAAUUCGAAGAUUUGAUCGACAAUUUCCUUAUGGAGUUCAAAGUUCCCUCUGAGAUAGCAACCGAGAUCAAUGAUACGUUUGAAGUAGUCCUGUUGCCUGGAGUAGAGGGAGUGUUGGAAGAAGAUACAAUCACUGAACUAGAGUCAAACACUUCAAGAAGCCAAGACAUGGUCCAAUUCAUGGUGAAAAAGGACCACAAUGAUGAAUUGAAAGAGUUGCACGAGAGUCUAGCAAUAAUGAAAGAUAAAGAAAGCAUUCUCUUUGCCUCUAUCAGGGACAAGUUCCUUGAAAUAGAUGACAAACUAACGGUUCAGAUAAAACAGCAACAUGCCAAAUUCUACGAUGUGAUAUACGUGAAUGGCAAGUCCAAACUGAUUGAUUUAAUCAACAAGGAGUUUCAGGAACACAUCAGGGACAAGAGGAAAAACAUGGUCCUAUUCAAGUCAAAUGACUGGAAGUUUCUCCAAUUUGAGAUCAGCCAACAGUUGGAAAAGAUCCAAGAAUUAGAAAAUCAAAUCAUCAACAACUUGAAGGAGAAGACCGUUCAAAAGGUGGUAGAGAUUAGAAGAUUAAGCAAACUUCUUGACUUUCUUGAUGUAACUUUAUCCUUCUCCAAAUUGUCCCAUGAGUUCAACUUAUGCUGUCCACAGUUUAUUCAAGGCAACCAGCUUGUAAUAGAAGAAGGAAGGCACAUUGUAGUUGAGUCAAGUUUGAAAAAUAUCGGAUCAAACUUCACAAGCAAUAAUACCAAGUUGAAUAGGAAUCUGAAACAAUGGAUCAUCACAGGCCCUAACAUGGGAGGAAAGAGUACAUUCUUGAGACAAAACGCUAUCAUUGUGGUUCUUGCUCAAAUCGGGUGUUUCGUGCCUGCUUCAAAAUGCCAAAUGGAUACGGUUGAUAAAUUGUUCACCAGAAUAGGAGCAUCAGAUGAUUUGUUUAAUGAUCUCAGUACUUUUAUGGUGGAGAUGGUGGAAGUAAGCAACAUUUUGAAGAAUGCCACCAAAAAGUCACUAGCUAUUGUGGAUGAGGUGGGAAGGGGCACAAGCGGUAGAGAAGGAUUAGCAAUUGCUUAUGCCACAUUAGUGAGUUUGAUUAAAGUUAACAAAUGCAGAACUCUUUUUGCAACUCAUUUUGGCAAUGAAAUUAAGCAACUACUUGAUAGUGACUCAACUACAAAGCAAAGCAUUGGUUUCUUCAAGACUGGAGUUGUUACGGAAAAGCAAGGGGACCAAAUCCACUUGACCAUCAAUCAUAAGCUAGAAGAGGGAAUCAGUGAAAGAAGUUACGCUAUAGAAGUAGCACAAUUAGCAGGAUUCCCCAAGUAUAGCUUGAAAAUUGCUAAUAAAGCAUACAAGGCUCUCUAG